UGGGGAAUCGGAAGCUGGUUUUGACGGCGGCGGCUAGUGAGGUAGACGGGAGGGGGGCGGUUGAAAUCCUGACAAAAAAAAGAAAAAAGAAAAAGAAGGGGGAAAUAAUAAUUUUAACAACAGAAAACAGUAACGUGCAUAGAUUUGGAACAAAUAGGCAACGUCUAAGAUAACCCUAUUUGAAGACGCGGAAGAGUCGUCUCCGAGAACGGGGCGUGCGAAGCAGCGACAAAAAAAAGCAGUUUAUUCCAAGGACAGAAAUGAAGUGAAACUUUUCUGCUACUAACCAAGCAGCUCUUCAAUCAUCUGUGAUAGGUGGUCCGAUUUGCCUUAUGCCAACCAAAGGAACAGACGGCGAGAGCUCCGAAGAGGCUGUGGUAACCAUGGUUAUUCCAGGGGCGCCGGGCUGUGCCCCAAGUCCACAGAGUGAGGCUGUCACCAAUGAGCUACAAGAACUGUCGCUGCAGCCUGGCCCAAACCUGCUGCCAUUGAGAGACCGCAAAAAUGUGCUUCAGCUCAAACUUCAGCAAAGGCGAACAAGAGAAGAGCUUGUCAGCCAAGGAAUAAUGCCACCUCUGAAAAGUCCUGCUGCCUUUCAUGAACAAAGAAGAAGUUUAGAACGAGCCCGGACUGAAGAUUACUUGAAAAGAAAGAUCAGGACUCGACCUGAGAGGUCAGAGCUGGUCAGAAUGCACAUUCUUGAAGAAACAUCUGCUGAACCAUCAUUGCAGGCCAAGCAGCUCAAGUUGAAAAGAGCUCGAUUGGCUGAUGACCUGAAUGAGAAGAUUUCUCAAAGGCCUGGGCCAAUGGAGCUCAUUGAAAAAAAUAUUUUACCGGUUGACUCCAGUUUAAAAGAGGCUAUCAUAGAUGGGCAAGUAGAAUUUUCAAAUUCUGUGACAGAGAGCUCCUCAUUUGAUGAAGACAGCAGUGAUGCCUUGUCACCCGAACAACCCGCCAGCCAAGAAUCCGUGAGCUCCCAGAGCUCCAUCCCUUCACCUUCUGAUGUCAGACUGGGGGAGCAGUCCUUUCUAAGCAAUAGUAUAUCCCCUUCUCAGCUCAUUACUCAGCUGCAAGUGGCACCCACAUUAGAAAAUAUUCCUACACUGAAACUGACCAAUGGGGUGGCUCCAACUUCUUCACCCAAACCUCCACCAACACUUGUUAAACAGAGCCAAUCAAAGGGAAUCAACGAUAAGGCAUCUCAGCGUACCAAGAAAGCUAAGGAGUCUAAGCCCAAAGUAAAGAAGUUGAAAUACCACCAGUAUAUCCCCCCAGACCAAAAACAAGACAAAGAACAGCUUCCUGCCAUGGACUCAUCUUAUGCCAAAAUCUUGCAUCAGCAGCAGCUUUUUCUUCAGUUGCAAAUCCUUAACCAGCAGCAGCAGCAUUACAACUAUCAGACAAUUCUACCGGCACCACCAAAGCCUCCUAGUGACCAGCAGCUGCCUGGAGGAUCAGCAGCCCCACCAAGCCGCAGUCCAUCCAACAACGCCACAUCAUCAGCAUCUACCGUCGGUGGGUUGACUCGGCAGAAUAGCACCACAGCCUCCAACACAGCCACUGGUGUAUUUACAACCAAACUUGCAUCUUUGCCACCAAACCUUGAUGAUCUAAAGGUUGCAGAGCUCAAGCAAGAGCUGAAACUGCGUGGUUUACCUGUUUCGGGCACCAAGAAUGAUCUCAUUGAACGAUUACGUGUGUACCAGGAGAAUAAUGUGGGAUGCAUUCCCAAAACUUCUUAUCAAAUUAGCACCAGCUGCUGUUCUAGUGCAGUUACAAAUUCUACUGUUUCAACUCCAGGAGGCUCUGGAAGCUGCAGCAGCACCCCUACCACUGUGCUGCAUAAGCCAGCUGAAACCAGUGUUGUCAUGGCAACUUUCCCCUUUCUGACAUCUGGCAGCAGUGCUGGGGGCAAUUCCUCGAUCAUGAAGUUUGGCAGCACAAGCUCAACACCUCCUGCCUCCCCAGCUCAUUCAGAGAGGUCAACAACUGGGUUCAGUGCCGAUGAGGCCAGCUGUAAUGGAGAUAGUUUCAGUGAAUUGGUAAGUACAACCUUUACACACCUUAAGCUGCAGAACUCUCCCGUUCAGCAUCUCAUCAUAAAGGAUGAGCUCCCUGGGAACAACAGCACCCCUUGCAGGUUUUCAUACCAAUCCUCACAUGGAGGAGGAAGUCCAAAAGAUCCGGCUAUCAUAGUUGAGCAGUCUGUGGACAAAGACCAGAUGCUUCAAGAAAAAGACAAACAAAUUGAGGAGCUAACACGGAUGCUGAAACAAAAGCAGCAACUAGUGGAAGUCUUGCGUUUACAGCUUGAGCAGGGCAAACAACGCAUCAACAAUAGUCCAUCACAACCACUGCACAAGGCCAGUGAUACUGUGGAUGUCCAUAUCAAGCUAGAACCAGACGAACGGAGACGCCCUUCUGUUUGUGAUGGAUCCAAGAAGGAACCCCAAGGCAGUUCUGUCUUGUCUACCUCACACUUGCCCACCGGAAUAGUUCAAGUCACUAUUAAAGAGGAACCUGAGACUAAAAUGGUAGAGGAUCCUCCUUUAACAGUACCUCAGCCUCCACCUGCAACUCAGGUGCCACCAGUACACCAUGUCAUGGUCAACCAGCUGUCUACCCAGUCAUCCCCAACCAACACUGCUCCCUCCUUCCCUCUGGAGAUCCUCAAAGGCACCUUACCCCCUGCACUGUUGACAGAUGCCAAUGGAAACCAUUUUUUGCUUGCUGUUACAAACCACACAAUAGAGGGCAAGCAAAGCUUGACUCCGCAGACAAACAAUACUGGGAAAUCUGGCCACAUCACUCUUCAGAGAUUACAGUCGUCCCCUACAAAGCUUCAAAGCCAGUCAUCUUCUCCUCUUUCAAAAGUGGAUUCCCAGUCAAAGCAGCAGCUACAGCCGGGUCUUAUCAAUCAGCCAAUCAGAAAGGGACAGAAACCUGGCCUCCACUUAGUUUCUGCCACUGCACCUACAACUGUAUUCUCAUUUUCAGCUCCACCCAAUUUGCAGCCAUUCUUUUUAAAUAGCAAGAAUCAGACACCUGCUAGAAGUCAGGGACCAGGAGAAACGGUAUCUAGCCUUGCAGUCAGCACCCAGGAGCCUCAGCCAGAGUCCCCUGCCAAAGCGCAGAGCAACCAAAUACAGCCUGCAGUACCCCGGACUUCAUCCCCACCAGAAGGUCUAGCCAAAGAGCCACCUCAUUACACGGAAACAGUGAAACACAACACUGAGCAACGUGCUAGGGAAAAUGCGCCUUCCAGUCAGCAUAUGGAUGACCUUUUUGAUGUGCUGAUUGAAAGUGGAGAAAUUUCUGCAGAUUUUAGAGAUGAUGGUAAUUCCACACUCUCAUCCUGUAUGAUGCCACAGAAGCCCAGCACACCACCGCCGACGUCCUUUCCAAACACCAAGGCUUCACCUUCAGACUCUCAUGCUAAAAGUCUCCCUUCCUCUCCACAUCUUGUACCACCACCUUCUGUGUCUCCUUUGCCACACUCAAUGUCCCUGGACCCCGGAGGAAAUGUGGAAGGUGGAAUUGCAAGUGGUUUUGGAGGUAGCGAGCACCUUGAAGACUUUUUGGAACGCACCACUGGUGUACCCUUACUUUGCGUGCCAAAUGAUGGCAAUGAGGCCCUCUCGCUUAUUGACGAUUUGAAUAAUGAUCUUCUUGGCACUUCUAGCAUCCUUGACCAUCCACCCUCACCCAUGGACACCUCUGAAUUACAGUUUUUGGUUACCAGUGAUCCCGUUGCCAGUGAACCUUCAGGAGUAUAUUUGCUUCCCUCAACCAGCUUGGCAUUAGACAUGACUGACCCCAACUUGGACAACAUGGAUUGGCUGGAUUUGACAAUGGGUGCUAAUAUGGCUGGAAGCCCUGGGAUGAACCCCCUCAGCACACAAACGCCCUCUAGUGUUUUUUCCACUGAUUUCUUGGACAGCCAGGAUCUGCACCUGCACUGGGAUUCUUGCUUAUAAUGCGCCCUUUCUGGUGUCUGAGAGAUGUUUUGUGGACUGCAAGCUGGACAUCUUUGUCAGACUGAUCCACCUGGUGUACUCUAAGAACACAUCAUCCCACAAGCUAAUUAAGGAGUUGCACUCGAGUCUAUGCCUGUUGUGGCAACUUGUGGGCUUCAGAGAGCAAUUGGAACUCAUUGAUAUAACAAACUUCACCAAACUGAUCUCUUUCAAUCAGAAUAUGGGAAGGGAAACAUGGCAACUUAUUUCAAGAGGCCAACUGUUUGAUUUAGUUUUCUUCAAGUACAGAUGUUGAAUGUAGCCCCACAAAUAUGCUAUUAUGUUUAUGACCCAUACACAUUUAUUUUCACAAACUCACUU